AUGCGGCGCAAUCGGCGGCCACGGACCCAGUCCGCGCGGUGUCGUUCGUUGCUGGCCGAGCGGGACUGGCUCGUGCGGGUCAACUCGGAGUUUGCCUCCCCGCUCCGGCAGCUGGGCCCGCGCCUCGUCGUCCGCGCGCUGCAUCACGCUACCGCCGCCGCCGAGCCGCUCCUCUGCGUGCGCCUCUACCUCUGGCCGUCGCGGUUCGGCCAGCACUUCGCGCAGGACCGGUCCGUGAGGCGCGCGCUCGGGGAUGCGCUGUGGCAGCGCGGGCCCAUGGCGGCGGCGGCCGGCCGGCCAGCCAGCACAGGCGGCGGCGGCGACAAGGCUGCUUGCCUGCCCAGGCGUGCCAGGUACAGGCUCAAAUAUUGA